AUUGGUGCAGUUUGCAGACGAUUUCGCGGCCAUCAUCAGAGCAGAUACAGUGGAAGAGGCAGCUGAGCGGUGCACUGGAUUCCUAAUCAAGCUUUUCGGAAAGCUCAACGAACUGAAUCUGAAAGUCAGCAGCCACAAGUCAGCGAUAAUUCCAUUUACAAGGAAGAGGACCGAGCAUCUCAAAGUAAAAGUGUGCGGUGAACAGAUUGAGCUGGUCAACACCCAUCCAUAUUUGGGAUACGUACUGGAUAGAGGACUGACGCAUAGGAAGCACAUCGAAGCAGUGAAGACAAAAGCUGGAGCAAAACUGGGAUUGCUGAAAAUGCUGUCACGGAAAGAAGCGAGCCCGGAAACCCUGGUAAAGAUCGGGAAUGCUCUAAUUCGUAGUAGAAUGGAAUACGGCGCAACAAUCUACGGCAAUGCGGCCAAAACACACCGCAACAAACUGCAGGUACUCCAGAACUCGUACAUUCGGAAGGCGAUGAACUACCUCAGCAGCACCCCGGUGCAUGUCAUGCUAGCAGAGUCGGGGCAACUUCCGAUGGAGCUGCGGAUUGAAAGCUUGACAAAAAGGGAGCUGAUAAGGACAAUCUGGUAUAGGACACCACUCAUGAAGUUCGUCGGCCCAACCAUGGACAGAGAAAUGGGCAACGAAUCCUUCCUAACUGAGGUUGCAGAGAAACAUCUGGACGUACUCUUCCAAGUGAACCCAUCGGACAGGGAGCUCCCAAGCUUAAUGAGAAUGCGCACCUUUGAAAGAGUGGAAAUGGACAGAAUAGUAGAAACAUCAUUAUCAGGAGAAAGGCUAAAAAAGGAGCGGACGGCACCUGAAGUGUGGCAGGCACGGUUCAAGGAAGCGUACCAAACCAAGUACAAACACCACACAAAGAUCUUCACGGAUGCUUCAAAAACGUCUACUGGAACGGCCAUAGCGGUAUACGAUGAAGCAGACUCGGACAACAUCACGGAGAGCAUCAACUCGAACUUUUCAAUCACGAACGCUGAACUACUCGGCAUUUUAAAAGCACUGGAACUCAUCAAAGCAAAAGGAUACAGGAAAGCGGUCAUUUUCACGGACUCAAUGAGUGCGUGUGAGAUGAUACGAAAUGGAAGAGCAGUGGACAACAACUAUCUCAUAGGAGAGAUAUACAAGGAGUUCCUGAACAAUGCGGAAAGUGCGAUCAAGGUACAAUGGAUACCGAGCCAUAUGGGAAUCCAUGGGAACGAAAUCGCCGAUCAGCUGGCAGUGGCCAAAACACAGCACAAACAAUCGGACUACCAAGGAGUAACUGCUGGAGACGCGCUCGUCCUGAGCGCGAAAAAUACGUGGGAAGAUUGGAACCGGAAGUACAAGGAAGUGUCGAAAGACAAAGGAAAAUGGCACUACCAAUUGAUGGAGAAACCAGGGAAACGGAUAUGGAGUAAGGAGCUCAUACUAAACCCAAAAGAAGUGAAAAUUCUAAACAGAAUUAGAAGUGGACAUUGUAUGACGAAAGAAAGGAGGGCGAAAUGGGGUUGGGAAGAAGACGAAUUGUGUGAAUGGUGUGAAGAAACCGAAAAUCUGAAACACAUAAUCUACGAGUGCCCACAAUACAACCUAAGUCGAAGUCAGUUUCCGGCAUUGGAGUAUAUGAAACCAUUAGAAGUGAUUCUACAAGAAGGCUGUGAAGAAGAAAUGAAGCAAAUAGUGAAGUUUUUGGAAGAGAACAACAUCCACAUAUAAAAAGACAACUAAACAUGUAACAAACACACAACUAAACAUGUAACGAAAAGACAACAGUACACCCAGGGGCGAGAUGGACCAACCGUGGUCUUAGCCUGUCUAAAAGACAAAUCCAAAAAAAAAAAAAAAAAAAAAGAACAGUGAAUAUUAGGAAAAGUACCGUGAAAUUGCGGAUAUUCUGGUGGAUCGGAUCGGGUACCAGCGGAAGUGAAUCAAGUGCGGCCGGAGCAGACCUGUUCCGGCCAAAAAAGUAAUAUUUUCAGCGGCAGUGGACACCAUUGAUGACAUGGAAGGAUGAAACAGACAGAAUCGGAAAACUUGUGCGACUUCUUCUCGGUGACCGAUCAAAGAUGAGUUUAUGUGCCGAUGGCAAACGGAGUCCUGAUACUAUUUCCAACAAACAAGUACAGCCGCAGAAGCAGCAACGGACGAUGAAAACGGCGACCACGGUGGCGAUCACCAAGUCGGAAUCGCUUCCCAAGUCGUGAAGGAGGAGGGAAUGUUCUAGCACUCACAGCUGCAGCACAGUCACGCGUAAGUCGGGUACAUAACGUUCGGGACAUUCCUACCGGAAGAGGUUGCUUCCAGCACCCAAGCUGUUUCGAAUAGGUGGAGCUAGAGAGCUGAUGCCCCGCACCAGCGGCAGUUCCAGGGCCAUCGAGAGUCAAUCCGAAGACGGAUGGAGACUUGAGCGCCAAGGUGGCGUACGAUUUCCUGUGCAAAAACAGCAAGCGGAAUCGUUUGGAAGCGACGGUGAAUAACUACCAAAAACAGCAAAUAUUUCUGCACGAGAAAGCCACCGUACAGCGGAGGUUCCUACGUGGAACUACUGGAGGAGCCGUCCAUCCCAGCUGAUAAGUGGCAUGAACAUCGUUACCAUUAUACCAGAGUGGAUAUAGUUUUACUAUUGUAUUGUUUAUGUUCAUAUCUAUAAAUAAAUAUUUGGUAGGGGGGGGGGGCGUGUCUAGGUGUCUAGUUUGGGACUGCAAAAUAUCCGAAAUUACACCGGGGUUCUUUACCAAAACGUUAGUAUUGUUAGCUAGGACUUUUGAAAAUACUAAUAGUCGCUAUGAAUUUUUCGCAGAUAAUCUUAGUAAUCAGAACUUGUAGUUAAAUGGGCCAAACAUGUCCUCUAAAAUCGCGAGGUGACGCAAAAUCCUCUUCCUUGAACUCGACACGCGAAGGUUCACCAAUUCCUCUCAAGUAACCCAAAAAAGGCCUUCUAUAACUACAACAUAAUUAGAAUUCAAUAAGUGAUGGCUUUCCACGUCGUUUCAAGUCGAGAGGUGGCGCAAAAAAAAAUAUGGCACAAAUGUCCCAAAUGGAGGAUAACGUGCCUCUGGAGCCGGCUUUCUUAAGACUUCUUUAAUUACUUCCGAGGUCCACGUGUGCUUCUUCAUUGAAAGAGAAGUUUCUAAGGUUCACCAUGUCCUCCCAGGUAGAGAGGUGUCGCAAAGUAUGGUCAAACUAACUAAGACUUCUGUAUUCAGUGGUCCAUUUUUUUGCUUCUUCACUCAAAGAGAAGUUUCUUAGGUUCACCAUGUCCUCUCAGGUGGCGAGGUGACGCAAAGUAUAAUCAAACUAAUAGGACUUCUGUAAUUACUUCAGAUGUCCUUGUGUGCUUCUUCACUCAAAGAGAAGUUUCUUAGGUUCACCAUGUCCUUCCAGGUAGCGAGCUAACGCAAAGUAUGGUCAAACUAACUAAGACUUCUGUAUUCAGAGGUCCAUGUGUACUUCUUUACUUUAAAUCAUAAUUUGUCUUUAACCCGGGAGCGGUCGUGUCGUGUACUGAGUACACGCACCAUAAAAAAUGCACGCUUUUGGUACAAAGCGUGAGCGUGGCGUCGUUGCAGGUAGUCAAAGACGCGACUGCUCGAGGGUUAACAAGGUUUACCAAGUCCUCUCAAAAUGUUUGGUGACAUGAAAUACGUUCAAGUAAAGAAUAUGCCACUUUUCCUAAAUAAAAUUUUACUGGUUCAUAAGAUAUUAUUUGAACUAAAUCAUAAUUUGUCUUUAACAAGGUUUACCAAGUCCUCUCAAAGUGUUUGGUGACACGAAAUACGUUCAAGUUAAAAAUAUGCCACUUUUCCUAAAGAAAAUUUUACUGGUCCUUUAGAUAUACUUUAAACUAAAUCAUAAUUUGUCUUUAACAAGGUUUAUCAAGUCCUCUCAAAGUGUUUGGUGACACGAAAUACGUUCAAAUUAAAAAUAUGCCACUUUUCCUAAAGAAAAUUUUAUUGGUUCAUUAGAUAUUCUUUGAACUAAAUCAUAAUUUGUCUUUAACAAGGUUUACCAAGUCCUCUCAAAGUGUUUGGUGACACGAAAUACGUUCAAGUUAAAAAUAUGCCACUUUUCCUAAAGAAAAUUUUAUUGGUUCAUUAGAUAUUUUUUGAACUAAAUCAUAAUUUGUCUUUAACAAGGUUUACCAAGCCCUCUCAAAGUGUUUGAUGACACGAAAUACAUUAAAAUUAAAAAUAGGCCACUUUUCCUUCAAAAAAUUUUACUGGUUUAUAAGAUAUUUUUUGAACUAAAUCAUAAUUUGUCUUUAACAAGGUUUACCAAGUCCUCUCAAAGUGUUUGGUGACACGAAAUACGUUCAAGUUGAAAAUAUGCCACUUUUCCUAAAGAAAAUUUUAUUGGUUCAUUAGAUAUUCUUCAAACUAAAUCAUAAUUUGUCUUUCACAAGGUUUACCAAGUCCUCUCAAAGUGUUUGGUGACACGAAAUACGUUCAAGUUAAAAAUAUGCCACUUUUCCUAAAGAAAAUUUUACUGGUCCUUUAGAUAUACUUUAAACUAAAUCAUAAUUUGUCUUUAACAAGGUUUAUCAAGUCCUCAAAGUGUUUGGUGACACGAAAUACGUUCAAGUUAAAAAUAUGCCACUUUUCCUAAAGAAAAUUUUACUGGUCCUUUAGAUAUACUUUAAACUAAAUCAUAAUUUGUCUUUAACAAGGUUUAUCAAGUCCUCUCAAAGUGUUUGGUGACACGAAAUACAAGUUAAAAAUAUGCCACUUUUCCUAAAGAAAAUUUUAUUGGUUCAUUAGAUAUUCUUUGAACUAAAUAAUAAUUUGUCUUUAACAAGGUUUACCAAGUCCUCUCAAAGUGUUUGGUGACACGAAAUACGUUCAAGUUAAAAAUAUGCCACUUUUCCUAAAGAAAAUUUUAUUGGUUUAUUAGAUAUUCUUUAAACUAAAUCAUAAUUUGUCUUUAACAAGGUUAACCAAGUCCUCUCAAAGUGUGUCACCAAACGAAAUACGUUCAAGUUGAAAAUAUGCCACUUUUCCUAAAGAAAAUUUUACUGGUUCAUUAGAUAUUCUUCAAACUAAAUCAUAAUUUGUCUUUAACAAGGUUUACCAAGUCCUCUCAAAGUGUUUGGUGGCACGAAAUACAUUAAAAUUAAAAAUAUGCCACUUUUCCUUCAAAAACUUUUACUGGUUCAUUAGAUAUUUUUUGAACUAAAUUAUAAUUUGUCUUUAACAAGGUUUACCAAGUCCUCUCAAAGUGUUUGGUGACACGAAAUACGUUCAAGUUAAAAAUAUGCCACUUUUCCUAAAGAAAAUUUUAUUGGUUCAUUAGAUAUUCUUUGAACUAAAUCAUAAUUUGUCUUUAACAAGGUUAACCAAGUCCUCUCAAAGUGUGUCACCAAACGAAAUACGUUCAAGUUAAAAAUAUGCCACUUUUCCUUCAAAAACUUUUACUGGUUCAUUAGAUAUUUUUUGAACUAAUUCAUAAUUUGUCUUUAACAAGGUUU